AUGAAAUCUAUUAUCAUUCUAUCAUUCGUUUUGGUUUGUUCUGUUCUCGCCGCUAGUUCUGAUAAGGAUACCGAAUCGAAGGUUGCCAGAUAUUUGAAGUCAUGCGGAGUUAUUACUUCGUUGAAGACAACAAAAUGUGUCAAGAAGAGUGAUGAAGUCGACAAAGAACUGAAAGCCUUUGCCAAGAGCAAGGAUAAGGAUCUGACGAAGAUCAAGGCUUCCUGCAAAGAGACUGUGGACUGCAUCAAAGAGCUGAAAUGCAAACCACUUGAAGAUGACCAUAAGGAAACUAUCGAUUUCUGUGGCAGAGCUCUCUUCCAGGACGAGUUCAAAGAGUGCAGUAAGAAGCUUCAAGCGCUGAAAAAGAGUGAUAAAGAUGCAGCAAAAUGUUUGGAAGACUUUAAAUCAGAGACCAAGAAGACCACUAAAGACACGUGUACUUUCUUGAAGGGAUCCAAGGAUUGUAUCAAGACGCAUAUCAAGAAGGAGUGUGGAGACGAUAAGUUGGAUGGAUGGCAGAAGUUUGCCCAAGAUUCCUUCAAAGAGAACGACUGCGAGAAGACGAUCGGAGCCAAAUGGAACUAA